CUGUAGGCUCCUGUACUUUGUGCUGGAGGGGUGGGGCCAGGGCUGGAACACUGUCAAGUCACUGCAUUAUAGUCCCACUCACCUGGGCUUUCCCCAUAACACUGUGAUCUCACCUGCAACUUGUGCUGCAGUUUCGUCCAGCACUUCCUGCUUCACACACGGCGGCAAACCUGUCUGCAGUCGCUCGCAACCAUGGUUAAAAAGUCUCGAAAGCCACAAGAAAGAGCGAAGGCCAAGGGCGAGGCGGAUGCGUUUGUUCAACAACGUCCAGUAAACACCACCAUUCCAGUAGAUCCAGAUGACUCUAAUCCAUCCAGAUGUGCCAUGAACAAGAAGAAGAAGAUCAUUGUAACUGUCCUCACGGUGCUAACUGUCUUAGCGAUCAUUGCUGUUGCUGCUUAUUUUGUGAAGGUGGCCAUCACAACAUACUAUUUCUUCUGCUCCAAAUCUUUUAAGUUCAUUUCUGUGGAUUUGCAAUGCAACGGGAUCAGAGACUGUUCCAGUGGUGAAGAUGAGAUUGACUGUGUGAUGAACACUACCUUCCAAAGAGAAUAUCCAGUGCGUAUUUACGGACCCAACUCCAUUCUACAGGUGAAGGAUUCAACGUCUCUACAGUGGGCGAGUGUGUGUUUUGAGAAUUGGAAACCCAAACUUGCCCAAGUCGCCUGUUCCCAGCUCGCCCUCACCAGAGACCCCAAAGGUGUUCCGAUCAACUUGGCCAUCUGGCCCAGACACAAGAUCAUCAAUGUCAACCACGCUACCAACCCUAGCUCCAUCCAAAGUGUACUAAAGCAAGGGACUUGCACUUCCAAUCAGAUUGUGUCCCUUGUCUGUGCACACUGUGAGCGGAGUGCGAGUGAACGUAUUGUGGGAGGGACUGAUGCGAACAUUGACGAAUGGCCGUGGCAGGUCAGCCUCCAGUACAAGAACCAGCAUCUGUGUGGAGGCAGCAUCAUUAACUCCAAGUGGGUGAUCACUGCCGCACACUGCUUCCCAGAAGAAUACCAACAGAUAGCAAACUGGAAGGUGUUUGCUGGAAGUGAGACCCUGUACUCUGGAGGGGAAAUCUAUUCUGUCAAGAAAAUCAUCACAAACGGGAAUUAUGACCCGGUGACCAGUGACUUUGACAUUGCGCUGGUGAAAGUGAGGUCAUCUCUGCCCUACACAGAUUUCAUCCGUCCAGUUUGUUUACCCAACUAUGACAUGCCCAUUCAGACGGCAAAACCAUGGGUCACAGGCUGGGGUUACAGGAAAGAAUAUGGUGAAGUGUCCAUCAUGCUGCAGCAGGCCAAUGUCACAGUAAUUAGGCGACCUGUCUGCAACCAGAGGGCGUUUUACUCUGGAAGGAUCACAAAGCAAAUGCUGUGUGCAGGUUACCUGGCGGGUGCAGUGGAUGCAUGUCAGGGAGACAGUGGGGGCCCGUUGGUCUACCGGCACCGGUAUUGGCAACUAAUUGGUAUCGUGAGCUGGGGCACGGGGUGUGCACGUGCAGGCCGGCCCGGAGUUUACACCGAUGUGACUUCUCUACUCGACUGGGUCUAUAAUGCCAUGCAUGUGUAAGGGUGAAGGCUUUAGGUAAAUUUACACGCCAGUCCUGGGUUUCAUUUUCUGGGAUCCUGGGAGAACAUUGCCCCAGCAUGACCAUCGGUGAUGGACUCUCCAACUAGAUCCGAACUGCUUGUGGAAGAUGCUGCUGAGGUGUGUCCUGGACUGGCAGAAUACAAGGACCACAGCCCCAGCCCACUCACAGGCCCUUGUCAAAGCUCACACUCAAUGGGGUCUGAAGCCAACAUGUGGGUCAUUGUUAAUAUUGUAUAUUGAAGAUUGAAUACAAUCCGACAGCAGUUUGUUUUUUUGCGGUUUUGAUAUCUAAAAACAUAAAUGUAUAUUGGGGGGCAUUGACAUAUUAAGAUGCCACAACGAGCCAAAUGUAGAUCUUUGUCAGUGUCCUCCAAAAUGCCUUUAAAAUGUACAUUAACAAUUUUACAUCAAAAAUAUUUACAGAGAGCAAGUUUAUUAUUACAUUCUUCUUGAUUUAAUUAUGACUGUCAAAUGAGAUUUGCGGGUUUUUGCAAAGAGAAUUUCAAGAUUGCCAAUAAAGAAAAAAAUCCAAUGUUGGAAAUGAAGGUUUGAUUGCGGGACCUGAUGGGUCAGUGAUCACACCCAACUCUGCCACCAGAAGUCAAAGAACCAUUUUAUAUGUCUGUUUUGAAACUAUAUAUACUUGAGUUGAGGAUUGUUGGUGCCCAGAGAUGCAGUCUUGCCCUGUUUUAUGCACUGUCUUGAUAUUGUAGCCUUUAUAUACAACACCCUGUGAAAUUGGAACAUUGAUAUACAACACCCUGUGAUAUUGGGGCAUUUAUACAAGGAUAUAUUUUAUUAUGCAAGGUAAAUAUUGCAGGUUCUCAAACAUUAUAUGCAGGGUUCAACAUACCUCAAGUUGUCCAACACACUAGUUUUUGUCCAUGUGAGAUUCGUCAAAGUCAAAUUGAGUUUUGGGCUGCGUAUUUGUGGUUAGAAACUAGAGCCAACUUGCCCAGAAUGC